CCUUAAAGUCGUGAGUCUUUUAUCCUGGCAAGCUCCUCAAGAUUGUUGUGAGGAGUCUAGCCAGUUGGUGAGCUCUCUAAUCUAAACCAGCUGUCCCCAGACUGAGGCCCCCAUUUGCAUUGUUUAACAUACUUAGAAAAUGAAGUGUUCAUUUUUAACAUUCCUCCUCCAAUUGGUUUAAUGCUGAAUUACAGAAGAGAACUAAGCAAAACCAGGUGCUUUUGCUGUAUUCUCUCCAGUGUCUGAGGAGGAGCAGACCUCUCCCUGCCCUGUCUAUUAUUUGGUAUUUCAUUCUUUGGAAUACAAAUGACUGAGGAACUCAAGUGCUAGCAAAACGCCGAUGUUCAGACACGUUUUUUAGUUAUUCAGCAGUGCAGACUUUUUUUUCCAUCUUUCCUAACCAAUGUUGGACAUGCAAGAAGUAAAGAGGAUACUGACUGUUUUCAUGCUGGCCACCUGCCUUACACACCCUGGGAAAGCACAGCAGCAAUGCACUAACGGGUUUGACCUGGAUCGUGCCUCUGGGCAAUGCUUAGAUAUUGAUGAAUGUCGGACUAUUUCUGAGGCCUGUAGAGGAGAUAUGGUGUGUGUUAAUCAGAAUGGUGGCUAUUUAUGCAUUCCCCGAACAAAUCCAGUUUAUAGAUCACCAUAUCUGAAUCCUUAUUCAAACAUUUAUCCACCACCACCAGCUCCCAACUACCCCACUGCUACAAGACCUCUGAUGUGUCGGUUUGGCUAUCAAAUGGAUGAAAACAACCAAUGUGUUGAUAUUGAUGAAUGUGCUUCCGAGUCACACCAGUGUAACCCCACCCAGAUCUGCAUAAACACUGAAGGAGGAUACACCUGCUCCUGCACUGAGGGCUAUUGGCUCUUAGAAGGCCAGUGUUUAGACAUAGAUGAAUGUCGCUAUGGCUACUGUCAGCAGCUGUGUGCCAAUGUACCUGGUUCCUACUCCUGUACUUGCAAUCCAGGUUUUACCCUUAAUGAUGAUGGACGAUCAUGCCAAGAUGUGAACGAAUGUACAACCCAGAACCCUUGUGUGCAAAACUGUGUCAACACAUAUGGCUCUUUUCUCUGUCGCUGUGAUCCUGGCUAUGAACUGGAAGCUGAUGGAAUUAGCUGCAGCGACAUGGAUGAGUGCAGCUUCUCAGAGUUCCUUUGCCAGCACCAAUGUGUGAAUGAUCCCGGUUCUUACUACUGCUCCUGCCCCCCUGGCUAUGUUCUGCUUGAUGAUAACAGAAGCUGCCAAGAUAUCAAUGAAUGUGAGACUAGAAACUUCACUUGUACUACGCAGCAAACCUGUUUCAAUAUCCAAGGAGGAUACAAAUGUCUAGACCCAGUAAAGUGUGAGGAUCCUUAUAUCCAAAUCAAUGACAAUCGCUGCAUGUGUCCAGCUGAAAACCCGGGUUGCAGAGCACCAUUCACCAUCCUAUACAGAGACAUGGAUGUGGUGUCAGGACGGUCCGUGCCUUCUGACAUCUUCCAAAUGCAAGCAACACUCGGCUACCCUGGUGCCUAUUACAUCUUCCAAAUCAAAUCAGGGAACGAGGGCAGAGAAUUCUACAUGCGGCAAACGGGACCUAUCAGUGCUACUCUAGUGAUGACCCGUCCUGUGAAAGGGCCACGUACCAUUCAGUUGGACUUGGAAAUGAUCACAGUCAACACUGUCAUCAACUUCAGAGGGAGCUCUGUCAUCCGGCUGAGGAUAUACGUAUCACAGUACCCGUUCUAAACCUUCAGUGCAUUCCCUUUAAACAUUAAAAGCAACAACAAAAAGACAUUAGCCCCUUUCUGCAGAUCUUUUUCCUCAGAAAAAUAUAGCAGCUCAAAACCUAACCAGUGUUACCACAGACCCAACGGCCUAUGCCAUCUGAUGAGAGAAGCCUCUUCAUAUACAGUCCUUUCCAGGAUGCAGACAUCUGAACAUGUAUUGUCAUCAGAUCCCGUAUGAUUUUAUAUGUGAUUAUAUGUUUUAAGAACCAUUUUUUGUUGUUGUUGAUUUUAAAAACUUUUCUCGGGUGUGAUUUCAUGCUCCAAAAACUGUGAACCUCCCCACCUCUGUAACUGCAAUACUGCUUAGCAAAGGCACCAAACAAACUGAGGAAAAAGCUGGCUUUUGCUAUUUUGCUUUUUUCAUUUUAAAAGGAAGGCAAACAAACAAAAAAUUCACCUGUCCAAAAGUGGAAUCUGAGAAGUGCUAACAACCAUUGCCAGUUGUUUCUGAAAUUGUCUGUCUCAGUUGUCCCUACAUUUGUCUUAGUUCGAUCUGUCCUUUUUGAUCACAUUUUUUAGUUGAGUCAUUGUAAGUUCUUUCAAAAAUACAUGUUAUACUAUGCUUGCUGGAUCUAUAAGCCCUCCUUUUUAACAAAGUGUCACCUGCGUGGGUUCCUCACUGUAUUAAAUAUUUCUACAUAAUUGAGUUCAAA